CGAACUCCCACAACCCAUCGCACAACGCUGAGCGACUCAAACGUCCUUCUUGCCAAACUUUGGCGGCAUGAGCCGCGGGAGGACUAUAGAGCACUGUCCCACUUGGACGAGUGAUGUUGCUGACUCCAGUUUCCUUGGUUGACUCCACCAUUUUCACUAUCGUCGACGUUCGUCAACGCUCUAUCCGUCCAAUCCUGCGGUUCUGUCGGCUUCGUGAACACGCUGCGGGAUGAAACUGAUCAUGAUCAUGAUCUGCAGGCCCUGAGACUUGAGGCUCGAUUACAACACAAGGCUGUGCGAUGCUCGAAUAUAAAGGCCUCGGUGGUUGAGGCAUCCAAAUCCAACUUGCCCCCUCUUUUCCCAGUCCAGCCGCUGAUCUGCCAUAGCUAUGACAGAAGAUAUCCGUAAGUCUGUUCUGAUCACUGGCUGCAGCGCCGGCAGCAUAGGCGAUGCUCUGGCACGGGAGUUUCACGCCAGAGGUUUCCGCGUAUUUGCUACUUCGCGCAAUCACGAGACGAUGAGCACCCUUGCGCAAGAGGGCAUUGAGACGAUCAAACUGGACAUCACCGACGACGCAGACAUUCAGCGCGUCGUUCGCGAGGUUUCGAUGCGUACAGGCGGCACCUUGGACGUCCUGGUGAACAAUGCCGGUGUUGGAUAUUCGUUCUCGGUGGCGGAUUCCGAUAUGGCUAAGGUUCGCCAGCUAUUCGAUAUCAACGUUGUCGGACACUACGCCAUGACCCGCGCCUUCAUCCCCCUCCUCCUCAAGUCGGACCGCGGCGUCGUCCUCUUCACUUCCUCUAUCGGCGGCAUUAUUCCCAUGCCACUGAAUGCGGCCUACAGCGCCUCCAAAGCUGCUAUCAGCGCGCUCAGUGACACUCUACGACUUGAGCUGGCGCCAUUCGGUGUGAAGGUCAUCAAUCUCGUAACCGGCAUGGUGUACUCGAACCUCGCCCCGCGCGUCGUGAUAGACGAGGUCUUCCCCGACGGCUCCUUAUACAAACCAAUCCAGCCUAACUUCGUAGCAAUGUUUGCGCGUAGCGUGGAAACCUCGACGCCGACCGACGUAUACGCUAAAGGCGUCGUCGACGAGGUUCUGAAGAAGUCACCAGCAUCUUGGUAUUGGUCUGGCGGCCUUUCGACUAUGACCUGGCUCUUAUCCAUCUUUGUCCCACGCGGAAUCAGUGACUGGAUUUUCACGAAGCAGUGUGGUCUAGACAAGUUGGCGACAAUUGUCCGCGCGCAAAAGAAGACUUAGGAUGGGGAUGGAAUCCAGUAUUGGCCUCUCUUCGUGCUAGAUUUAGACUUAUGGACAUAAUGGAUUCUCUCCUUUGCGUGAGAGCGCCUUCCA